AUGGAGGCGACUCCCCCACUGAAUACCGAGAUCGGAGCCGUAGUGAGUACUCGCUUCAAUUUUGGGACCGUCAUUUUUGUGACCGUCGCGUUUGAUUCCGUCCAUCUUGAGUCCUUGUGGCUGAUAAUGGCGUUAGAUAGUGUGCCAGCAAAAAUAAUCGCCAUGGUCAAGGCCUAUUAUCGCACCACUACUGCGAGAGUCCUGGUCCGCAACAAUCUUUCCCAACCGUUCGGUAUUCGGUCUGGUGUUCGACAGGGUUGUAUCCUGUCGCCCAUUCUGUUCAUCUACGCUAUUGACUGGAUUCUCGGGAGAGCCCCACACAAGGGUGACGGUGUUGAGUUUGCACCCGGACACCGACUGACUGAUCUCGACUAUGCCGAUGAUAUCGCCUUACUUGCUACAAGUUUUGGUGAUCUGCAGUCUAUUGUGUCACGAGUGAACGAGGUCGCUAACUCGGUCGGUUUAUGCAUAAACGCUAGGAAGACUAAAGUGUUUUCAAGCUGCACCCCUGACCAAGAGAGGGCACAUAUCGGGAUUGAUGACUGUCAACUUGAAGAAGUAGACAGUUUUAAAUGCCUCUGGCCGAGGCCGCUGACGAAUGGGCAGAGUAAGGACGACAUUGUCUGCCGAAUCGAUGCUGCCCGCUGGGUUAUUCAAGCCUUCGGAAAUGCCUAUGGAUCCAAAGCGAAAUCUCCAUCACCACAUAGAUUUGCGUGUACCGUGCAUCUGUCCGGUCUGUCCUUCUUCACGGUUGUGAAAUUUAGGCGUUGCGCAUGAAGGAUGAGCGUAACCUGGAGGAAUUUGACCACCACUGCUUGAGGACCAUCCUUCGAGUGAAGUUCACCGACUUCGUCUCAAAUGAGACCGUCCACGCUCGCUGCGACAAUAUCGCAAGGAUAACUAAGGCCAUCCAAGAAAGACGACUGAGGUGGUUCGGGCAUGUUCUUCGUCGCCCAACUCAGGAGCUCAGUGUUACUGCCCUCGAUCUAGCACCGUUGCCCCAUUGGAGGCGUCGAAUAGGGGGUAAGCUCAAAAUCAGGCUCGAUACAGUUCGUCAAGACAUGGAGGUGGUUCUUGGACCUUCACCACUCGGCAUCCGUCGCUGGCGAAGAGGAUGGGUUGAGCUGUCCACAUCUGCUGCCGCGGAUCUCCACGCGUGGAGCGGCACAGUUCUGGACAUCAUCGAGGCCGGCUAG